AUGAAAUGGGCUAUCGAACUCAGUCAAUACGACCUCCUCUACCAGCCGAAGAUUGCUAUAAAAGCCGAAGCUUUAGCAGAUUUUGUUGUAGAGUUUACUUUGACAGCCGAAAAAGAGAAGAUGGUCACGAAAAGCAAGGAAAAAGCAGACGACACCUCCCCUACCGAUUCGAACCUACCUAAACGACAUGUGGUAGUUGCAUGUAGACGAAGCAUCAAAUCACAAAGGAGCGGGAGCAGGAGUCGUCAUAAUCACCCCAGAUGGAACCUUGUUGGAACAAGACUACGCCUAGCGAAAGAACUGUCGAUCAAGAGAUUUGCCAUCUACUCAGACUCCCAGCUGAUCACGAAUCAAGCCUCAGGCGAGUACAUGGCAAAGCAUCCAAGAAUGGUCCAGUACCUCGACAAAGUCCAAGGACUUUUGAAAGAAUUCCUUAUUUUCACCAUCCAACAAGUUCUGCGGGCAGAGAACACUUAUGCAGAUGCGUUGGCGAGCCUAGGAUCAGCACUGGACACCCAGUUUAGAUGCUCCAUCCCAGUUGAACACCUUGACCGGCCAAGCAUCGAAGACAUAAAGCCAAUCAACUUAAUGCAGAUUAAUGAGGACCCCAGCUGA